AAUAUUCAGAUUUUAGCACUCCGAGGCGACAAAGGGCAGGGACGAAAUUCCAUUUGAGAUCGCAGUGAGAGAGUAGAAAAGUGAUAAAUGGCGGUGCUCGAGCUUCUAUGAAUUCGAAUCAUUUGAGAGGGGAGAACAUAACGGGGAAAGAGAGAAAGGAAGAGGAAGUUUUCUGUGCGAAAUUCGUAGGGCGAGAGGAAGUUAGGGUUAGGGAUUGAGAGAAGAUGACGGAGGUUAUAUUACAUAUCUACGAUGUGACGAAUAGCGGGUCGGAGAAGACGGACAGCACAAUUAUGCAGAUCAACAAGAUCUUCAAGGACGGUAUUGGACUCGGCGGCAUCUUCCAUAGCGCUGUUCAGGUAUAUGGAGAUGAUGAAUGGUCUUUCGGGUUCUGCGAACAAGGAACUGGAGUUUUUAGUUGCCCUUCUGGAAAGAAUCCAAUGUAUACAUAUCGAGAGAAAAUUGUACUUGGAAAAACAAGUUUCUCAAUCUUCAAGGUAAAUCAGAUUUUGAGAGAGCUUAGUAGAGAGUGGCCUGGAAGCUCAUACGACUUGUUAUCUAAAAACUGCAAUCACUUCUGUGACGAGUUCUGUGAAAAGCUUGGUGUGCCAAAGCUUCCAGGCUGGGUUAAUCGUUUUGCCAAUGCGGGUGAUGCUGCUGCUGAGAUAGCUGGAAAUACAGCUAUACGGAUGAGACAAGCCAAGGCAGAGAUUGUAUCUGCUAGCAAAGUGGCCUAUCGCUUCCUUGUGGGUGUUACUUCAAACUCUGGGGUUACACCUGAUUCCCCUGGCAACUCAAACAGAGGAACUCCUAGAGUUCAAGCAAGCUGGUUUAAAAAUAUCAUCACUACUGGUGCUAAACCUUCGAGUGGCUCAGAAAUUGACAAUAAGGAUGCAAAUGUGCUUCAGCAGCAACAGCGACAUGAGUCCGAACAACCAUUACGACAGAAAUCGUGGCAUGAUAUAUGAGGAAGCACGUUUUUUCUGCGUACCAGUUGAACCCAAAUCAAGGAGUUGUUCAUUUAUUAAAUGUAAAAAAAUUCAAUUUUUCAUUUCAAUGUAUGCCAAUUCUUUUCCACCUUAUCUGUGUACUCUGUAGGACCAUUUACCUUUUGAAGUAUUAUGAUUUUUCAUUUGGUUUGA